AGUUAAAGAUAUUUAAUAUAUAUAUUGACCAGGGAGAAAAUAGAAUAGAAAAUAGUUACUUUUAACAAGAUUUUGAUAUAAAUAAAUCAUGACUUUUUAUGUAAAAAUGGAAAAUAUUUUUGAAUCGUUCAAAUAUCAGACGUCUAAAGUGGAUUGGUGCGAGGAAAACUUUAAAAUUUCCAUAUAUAUCGCUGAAUUUUUUAACACAGUGAGUCACUUUUAAUGAUAUCAUAAGCUUUAUUCUUUAUUGGGAAAACGCUUCAUUUUAAAUAUUCCUCAAUUGAAUAGAUAAGUAACGCUCUCUUUUUUAUCUACCCUCCAAUACUUUGCCUCCUCUCGAGGCAAUAUGCAAAUAAGAUGACAUCUGGCGUAUAUGUUGUUUGGUUGUUAUUGGCUGUAGUUGGGAUUGGAAGCGUCUAUUUUCACGCAACACUCAGUUUAGCCGGUCAACUAUUAGACGAGAUUGCAAUACUAUGGGUUCUUAUAGCGGCUGCAGCGUUAUGGUGGCCAAGAGAAUUUAUGCCUUGGCCUUGCAAAAACAUGAAGAAAACUCAUUUUAGAAAUUUUUUAGGUGCAGCUGGAGUAAAAAUUUCUAUUCUAGCUUUCGCUUAUCCGGCAAUAAAUGCCUUUGUACUUUUAGCUGUAGCUAUUCCCGUAACAGUUGUCCUUGUCUUACAAUUGAAAAAGUGA